AUGGAUCAAGGAAAACAACUAAGCAGAGAGACACCUUGGCUAAGACAUAUUCAGGACCUUAGUAGUCGUGUGUGGGUUCUUCAUAAUGAUAUCCUCACUGCAGUCCCUAGGAAAGAACAAACGGUUCCGGUCACUGUCACCUUACUCCCAUGCCAAUAUCUGGACACUCUUGAGAAGGGCAAGGGGGAUCCCAUAUAUCUGGGGCUGAGCAAGCCUGAACGCUGUCUGUUCUGCACAAAGGAAGGGGAGCACCCCGUGCUGCGGCUCAAGGAAGGGGACAUAAUGGAACUGUACCACCAAAGGGAACCUGUCAAAGCUUCCCUCUUCUACCACAACAAGAGUGGCACCACCUCAACAUUCGAGUCCGCAGCCUUCCCUGGCUGGUUCAUCGCUGUCUGCUCCAAAGGAAGCUGUCCGCUCUUUCUGACCCAAGAACUGGGAAAAACCCACAUCACUGACUUUGAGAUGAUUGUGGUGCACUAA